ACCAUCAUCACAUCAUCCAUCCAUACUACACUCUAUACCCUUUUCAUUUCCACAUCCUAACACACCUUCGCCAUGGCUAUCUCAAAGAAAGCCGGCAAAAAGGGUGGUGCUGGAACGGCAACAGGAGGUGGAAAAGUUGCUACUUCUGCGCCUCCAAAGAAAGGUGGAGUUGCAAAAGCAGAUUGGAGAGAAGGUUUCAAAAAACCACAAGCUGGUGUCUCGGAUAUGACUUUAUUGACAACGAUCAGUAAUGAUGCCGUCAAUCAAAAUUUAGAAAAAAGAUUCAAAAAUGCAGAAAUAUAUACCUACAUCGGACCAGUCUUAAUUUCCGUCAAUCCUUUCAGGGAUCUUGGAAUUUAUACAGACGAUGUUUUGUCAUCGUAUAGAGGCAAGAAUAGGCUCGAAAUGGCACCACACGUUUUCGCAAUUGCUGAAACAGCUUAUUACAACAUGAGCUCAUACAAGGACAAUCAAUGCGUCAUUAUCUCCGGUGAAUCAGGUGCGGGUAAAACAGAAGCAGCAAAGAGAAUUAUGCAAUAUAUCGCAGCCGUAUCCGGUGGAUCAGGAUCAGAGAUUCAAGAUGUCAAAAAUAUGGUCUUGGCAACAAACCCUCUUUUGGAAAGUUUCGGAUGUGCAAAAACGCUUAGAAAUAACAACUCUUCUCGACAUGGUAAAUAUUUGGAAAUCAUGUUUAAUGCGCAAGGUGAACCGAUUGGGGCCAAUAUCACAAAUUAUCUAUUGGAAAAGGCAAGAGUUGUUGGUCAAUUCAAGGGCGAACGUAACUUCCACAUUUUCUACCAAUUAACCAAAGCAGCCUCUCCCGAACAACGUGAAUACUUUGGUCUUCAAGAACCAUCAGCUUAUGCAUACACAGCCAACUCAAAAUGUCUGGAUGUUGACGGAAUCAACGAUGUGCAUGACUUUGAUGAGACAUUGAAUGCCAUGAACAUUAUUGGUCUAUCAGGCGAAGAACAAAAUGAUAUUUUGCGUAUGUUGGCCUCGAUUCUUUGGCUCGGAAACGUUUCCUUUGUGGAGAAUGAUCAAGGCAAUGCGCAAGUGGCUGACCAGGGUGUGCCCGACUUUGUCGCCUAUCUCCUCGAAGUUGAUGCUACUGCAGUCACGAAGGCAUUAACAGAACGUAUUGUUGAAACAUAUCGUGGUGGACGUCGUGGUUCAGUGUAUGAAUCGCCCAAUAACCCUGUUCAAGCCAACGCCGUUCGUGAUGCAUUGGCAAAGGCUAUCUACAACAACUUAUUUGAAUGGAUCGUUGCUCGUGUUAACAAGUCCAUGGCUCCACGUCAGACUGCAGCCAAUGUGAUCGGAGUGUUGGAUAUUUAUGGAUUUGAAAUCUUCGAGAACAACUCAUUUGAACAACUUUGCAUUAAUUACGUCAACGAAACGUUGCAACAACUCUUCAUUCAACUUACCCUCCGUGCCGAACAACAGGAAUACGCAGAUGAACAAAUCAAAUGGACACCCAUCAAGUACUUUGACAAUCAAAUCGUGGUUGAUUGUAUAGAAGCUCGCAGACCUCCAGGUCUUUUUGCCGCUCUCAAUGAUGCCUGUGCAACCGCUCAUGCCGAUCCAGCUGCGGCAGAUAAUGCAUUUUCGCAACGAUUGGGCGCUUUAUCCUCUAAUCCUCACUUUGAGCCGCGUGGAUCGAAAUUCUUGGUGCGACAUUAUGCUGGGGAUGUGAUGUACGAUGUUCGUGGAAUGACCGAUAAGAAUAAGGACUCAUUGUUGAAGGAUAUUCUCAACUUGGUCGAUACUUCCAACAAUCAAUUCUUGCACACCUUGUUCCCAGAUCGACCUGAUCCGGACAGUAAGAAGCGACCUCCAACUGCUGGUGAUCGUAUCAAGACAAGUGCAAAUGCGUUGGUCGAGAAUCUGAUGCGAUCACAACCUCACUACAUCAGAACCAUCAAACCCAAUCAGAACAAGAGUGCAAGCGAAUACGAUACACCGGCUAUCUUGAAUCAGAUCAAGUAUCUCAACUUGACUGAAAAUAUUCGUGUCCGUCGUGCUGGUUUCGCUUAUCGUAAUACAUUCGAGAAGAUGGUUGAAAGAUUCUACCUUUUAUCACCUGCUACAUCCUAUGCUGGUGACUACACAUGGUCAGGAGAUAUGAGAAGUGGAUGUGAGAGAAUUUUGAAGGACACAGGUAUACCACCCGAUCAAUGGCAGAUGGGUGUAACAAAGGCAUUCAUCAAAGAUCCCGAAACAUUGUUUGCACUUGAAACGAUGCGAGAUAACUAUUGGCAUAAUAUGGCAAGAAGAAUUCAACGUGCUUACCGUAAUUGGAUUCGCUACAAGAACGAAGCCGCAAGAAGAAUUCAAAGGAUGUGGAUGAACAAGAAGGAGGGUAUUGUCUAUGCACAACUACGUGAUUACAGUCAUCAAGUCUUAGCGCAACGUAAAGAACGUAGAAGAUACAGUUUGAUAAGCAUGAGAAAGUUUAUGGGAGAUUAUUUGGAUGUGAAUGGAAGUAGCGCUGAAGGGGAGAUGUUGAAGCGAGCAUCAGGAAUGGCAAAUAAUGAGACUGUUGCUUUCAGUGGAAGGUGCGAUCUUCUCGUUUCUCGAUUGGGUCGAUCUAGUAAAGCACAACCGAGAUUCCUGCUCCUUACAGAUAAAGCUGUAUACAUAUUGAUCACCCAAUUAGUCAACAAACAGCCUCAAACGACAUGUGAACGCAAGAUCUUGCUUGGUGCCAUUUCUGGUAUCGGACUUUCAGGAUUGCGUGACGAUUGGGUGAUCAUCAACGUAUCCAAUUCUCAAGAGCCUGAUCCUCUCCUUCAUACGCCUUUCAAGACUGAAUUGGUAACACAUCUUUUACAAAGAACCAGUGGUGGUAUCAAUGUAAAUGUUGCCAAUCAUCUGGAGUACUCUAAAGGAAAGGAUAAGAAAGGUCAUAUUGACUUCAAGAAGGAUGAAACGAUUCAACGUGGAGAUGUGUACAAGAGUUCAAGUGUUGCAGUUCCCUCCGGUGAAUCACCUUCAUCGGUUAGCAGACCACCUGCAAAGAGAAAGCCGGGAAUCGUACGUCCGAUCACGCAAGGCAAACUCUUGAAACCCGGCGGUCCUUCCAAUGCGAACAGAAGACCAAAAGCUCAAGCAUUACCACGAAGUCAACCCAAGCCAGCUGCUGCUUUGCCUUCUGGUAAUACCAGAGCUGUUCCCGCUCAAAGGGCACCUAUUGCGCCACCAGCAGCGCCUGCUGCACCCGAAAAGCCGAUGUACAAAGUUUUGUACGACUUCCAUACCGAUCAAGAUGGUGAGAUGGCAAUCACGGCGGGCGAACAGGUAGAAGUAACAGCAAAAGAAGACAAUGGAUGGUGGUUAGUGAAGAAAGGAGGUAAAGAAGGUUGGUCACCAAGUGAUUAUUUGGAACUCGUUCCAGCCGUCAAACGUGCUCCUCCUGCCGCUCCUGCACCGGUCAAACGUGCACCACCACCUGCUCCUGGAAUCGGAGGAGGAGGUGUUGCUGCUGCUGCUGCUAGAGCAACACCACCAGUCGCAGCCAAAAAGCCAGCAGGAUUUGGUGCAAGUACGAAUGGCGCUUCAACACCACCAAUCGCACCCAAACCAAAAGCUGCGGUGAAUACAGCAGCCGGAAAACCACACGAGAAGCCAUCUUCAGUACGACCGGAUGCAGGGGCAGCACCCGUUGCUGUUUUACCAGGUAUGGAUCCAGGAGGUUUUGCUGCCGUUUUGGCGAAAAAGAAAGCUGCAAUGGCUGCUGAAAGAGGAGAAGCACCUGAAUCGAACGGUGAUUCGGCUGCUGCACCUCCUCCGGCCGCUCGUCCAACACCGCCUCAACCACCAGCUGGAAAAGGAAAACCACCCGUUGUUGCUCCCAAACCUCCUGCUGGAAACGGACGUGCAAUGCCACCACCACCUCCUAGACGACCCUAGAUGAUUUCAUUACAAUGAUUGAAGAAAAUGCUCCUUAUAUGAAUCCAAUUUUUUAUUUUCUAAUGGAUGUAUGAAUAUGCACAAUUGAAUAAUAAGAUAUUAAGAUCACAUUUACAAAUAAAGUUUG